AUGUCUCACAUGAUUGGAGAUGGUGUGGCGCACUCACAUCUAGGGCAAGACUCACGGCAGCAGCAGAAGCAGUGGCGUGCACCCACCGCACUUAAGGUAUACUCCGCUCACAUGGCUAACAGGCAUGAGAACAGCGGUAGUGGCAGUAGCGGUUUUAAUUACUUCGGCAAUGCCUCAGACCAGCUGCCCAGUCACGCGUGCCCUAUGCCAGCAGUCCAUGUCUCGGAAUCUCUAAGUAAGCGCCUGCGAGAGCGAACGCUUGAAGCGGGGCAACCGCAGUUGCGUUGGAUCCCCUUACACGCCUCUGCUGCUGCUGCUGCUGCUGCUGCUUGCAGUGAAGUGAGGCCCACACAGGCGGUGAUGGCGACCAAUUUUGCACACAGGCAGCAGCAGCAGCAGCAGCAGCAAGAACAAUUCGCGGAGGUGUUACCCAGUCGACUGCAGAAAAAUGUUGAAAGCGACAAUAAACUGCUGGAAACCUCAUUGGCGGCCCUGCAGUUGUAUUCACGGCACUGCGAGGAAAUGGAGUCGCGGGGAAAGGACGUUGCUCAAGCAGGUAUCCAAGGCAAUGGUACGACCAACACCGUCCGUGCCGGCCCAGACCCUUGCAUUGUUGGGAAUAGGAUUCACGAGGUACAAGCUCGUGCAGAGCGAAGUAUAAUGGAGAAAGUGUGGAUAGGGCCCUACACCAUGCCAACAGCGGACACGCAGGCAGAUCCAGCGGCAUCCAAGACAAAGGCUCUCGCUGCAGCAACGUUGCGUGCCAAGAAGGCAAAACGAAUCUUUGACACAAAACGAGUUAGGAUAGAAAAGGGAAUAAAUAAGGAGCAGAUAACAGAGGUGGGGAAGCAGCAGUUCCCUGCGAAGCAACCGAGCCCAAAUCGUAUCAUUUCCUGGUCUGCGCCCGGUAGUACCCCGGUGCAGAAAACCCACUGGACAACAAGACUGACAGAGUUAAGGGCAUGCGUCGGUGGAAAAGACGGUGCACCGCAGCCUCGCGUCAGGGUGGGACACUUAUCAGCCAAUAACGUAAAACAGGCGCGUAACCCCGCCCAAAGUCACUUGUUGCCAUCGCGCCUGGAAGAGCUACGACAGCAUGCUAAAAAGCACAGUACGAGCAACCACAGAAUGGCGGCGCGACUAUUGCCGCUCCAGCAAAUAAACAUAGCAAAGAGCCCCAUGACGUGUUGGACUGGUGCGGUCCAAGUCGCUACGGCCCCUGCCGCACCUUCUGCAGCAAAGAUGCAAGAAAGAGGUGUUUUUAAUGGUAUGUUUUCUGAGGGCGCUUCUUGCAACGUCUCUCAAUAUGCCUUUAAUGCAGGAUCCGGCGGCAAAGCGUUGGUGCAACCUGUGUUUUUGGAUUCCAAACGUCAGGCCAUUCACGCUGUAUUUGACACGUGUAGCUUGCUGAAGGCCAACGAGUUUAACUUAGAUUGGGCAAUGCAGCACUGUGUAGUAUGCAUUCCCUUUGACGUCAUUGCGGAGUUGGAUGGGAUAAACAGAAGUAAGGGAUGUCAUCAUCGUGGGAAGACAGAGUCCAGUCAACUGCGUUUUUCAGCCCGGCAGGUUCGCAACUGGAUUAGCGGCGCCAUUGAAAAAGGGGGCAACGUACGUGUGCAGCGUCGCUGUGAGGUGGAGGCGGUGUAUGACCGCAAGGUUGCGACAAAAGAUGACUCCAUUCUGGGCUUUGCCGUGUUUCUGGAACAACAGCACCUGGCCGUGGAGUUUAUCACCAACGACAAGUUCCUCCGUGUAAAGGCGAUCUCGGAGCUGAAGGGAGGCGUAUACAACUUAAGCGAAUUCCUGCAGCGCCACCGUCGUUAG